AGGGAGGAGCGAGGGGAGCGCGGGCCGCAGCCGCCCCCGCCCCGCGCCUCCCGCGCCUCCCGCGCGCAACAGUUCCCCCAAAGUUGCCGCCGGAGGGGCGCGCAGCCGGCGGGGGACGCGGCCUUAGCUCGGCACGCGUAACCCCGGGCGGGCGGCGGGAUGGGCACUCGGCAGACCAAGGGCAGCCUGGCGGAGAGAGCCAGCCCGGGCGCGGCGCCCGGCCCCCGCCGCGAACGACCCGACUUCUGGGCGUCGCUGCUACUGCGCGCCGGGGACAAGGCGGGGCGCGCGGGCGCUGGGCUACCCCCCUACCACCGGCGCGUCGGCAUGGUCCAGGAGCUGCUGCGGAUGGUGCGCCAGGGCCGGCGGGAGGAGGCGGGGACGCUGCUGCAGCACCUGCGCCAGGACCUGGGCAUGGAGUCAACCUCCUUGGAUGAUGUGCUGUACCGAUACGCCAGCUUCCGGAACUUGGUGGACCCCAUCACACAUGACCUCAUCAUCAGCCUGGCACGAUACAUCCACUGCCCCAAGCCGGAGGGUGACGCGCUGGGUGCCAUGGAGAAGCUGUGCCGGCAGCUGACCUACCACCUUAGCCCUCAUUCACAGUGGAGGAGGCAUCGAGGGCUGGUGAAGAGGAAGCCACAGGCCUGUCUCAAGGCUCUCCUAGCUGGGAAUCCUCCAGACAACAUGGUGGAUCUGUCAGGCAUCCCACUGACCUCACGUGACCUGGAGAGGGUGACCAGCUAUCUUCAGCGCUGUGGAGAGCAAGUGGACAGUGUGGAGCUGGGCUUCACAGGCCUCACAGACGACAUGGUUCUGCAGCUACUACCAGCACUCAGUACCCUGCCCCGCCUCACCACACUAGCCCUCAAUGGCAACCGAUUGACCAGGGCUCUGCUGAGGGACCUCACGGACACCCUGAAGGACCCCAGCAAGUUCCCCAAUGUCACAUGGAUUGACCUGGGCAACAACGUGGACAUCUUCUCUUUACCCCAGCCCUUCCUGCUCAGCCUUCGUAAGCGCUCUCCGAAACAGGGCCACCUACCCACCAUCCUGGAGCUGGGUGAGGGGCCAGGUACCGGGGAAGAGGCCAGGGAAGACACAAGCCAGCAGGACCCAGGGGAAAGCCCUGUGACACCUACCAGAGACCAUGAGAGCAGGGAGAUUAUAUCCCAGACAUGACCUGCAAGUAGGGAGAACUUGAGAGGAUGGCUAAGGCAGGUUAGGAGCUCUUCUCAUCAGAAAAUCUGAACCCCACCCAAAGACCAGGAUAAGAUCAAAGCAGUAACCUUUUGUUCCCAACUCCCAGUGCCUGCCACGAGGAAGGUAUCUCUUGCUCUACGGAUGUCUCCACUCAGCUGGCUCUCCACUUGUGUAGCUGGACAAAGCACUGUUCCACUAGUGCUGUGUGUGAGACCACUCCUCCCGUACAGGAAGAGGAACUUUAUAUUAAAGACCCUUGGAGCACCCAAUUCAAAGGGGCCUUUUUUAAAGGCCAUGGGUAGUUCAGAGCAUUAAGUAUGGAAAAUCAAAUUGAAGCUGCAGACCUUUCUUGGCUAGGGGUCUUACUGUGAAGGGCAGUACCAUGCCUACUUCCUUUACCCCACAACCAACACAACUUUUCUAGCAGCUUUAGGCCCUGCUCCCAGUAUUAAGUCACAGGAAUGGCUUUUCAAGCACUUAAUACCAUGAGAAGGCCCCAGGACUAGUUAGAACUGAGGCUUCUAUACCUUAUUUUUCCAAUAAUGCUCCCAAAGGAAGCCAGGAACUAUUCUGAAUUAGAUGGAGCAAAAAUCCAUAUUCAGGGAAGCAAAGCCUUACAGGACAACUGAGAAAACUAGCUUAUAGGAUCUGGGGCGAGAUUGGAGCCUUCCUUACAUGGUACAGCCAAAGGAUAGGAAUCCAGUGUGGGUGCCUUAAAGGCUUUGGAGUCUUUGCCCAAGUCUUCGGUUGUGAAAACAGCUUAGACUGACCUGAAGUUUACAGUACUAAGCUGGACUGUUUAACACCUGACACUUUUAAAAUACAUAUUUUUAAGAACCAA